AUGAGUUUUGCUCUUGUGAAUCCAAUGCUUGAGAUGCUGAAUUGCACGAAGAAAUUCAUUCAGCGAGACUCCUGGGGGUACAAGGGGCAAAACGAUACGAAAUUUUUUGGGGGUAUGUUCGGCGAUAUUCAAAACGGUAAUGCCGAAAUCGGCGGUACCGUAUCCUUCUACACUCUUGAUCGCAUGACAAUUGUUGAUUAUCUCUCAGUAACAACUCCAACAGACUUAAAAUUUAUCUUAAGAGCAUCGCCGUUGAGUUACGUCAACAAUCUCUUCACUUUACCCUUCGAUAUAAAUGUUUGGUACUGCUGGUAUUUUACCAUAGGAGUUACUGUCUUAAUUUUGUAUUUGAUUGUUCUCUGCGAAAGUAAGUACGAAAAUGCCUUAAAACGAAGAAAUAACGUUGAUAAUAUAAAACCAAAAUUCUCUGAUGUUGUUAUGGUCCAAAUUGGGGCCAUUACUCAACAAGGCUCCGAAAACGAGCCUAAAGGCUUGUCUGGACGAAUUGCUGUGUUCAUCGUGUUCUUGGUUUUAAUGUUCUUGUACACGUCGUAUUCUGCGAACAUUGUUGUGCUUCUACAAUCAACGUCUGCAAAUAUUAACACUUUGCAAGACUUACUCAACUCAAAAAUAAGCUUGGGGGUUGAAGAUAUAGUAUAUAACCAUCAUUACUUUCAGACACAAAAAGAACCCACUAGGAAAGCAAUCUACGAGAAGAAAAUAGCCCCCAAAGGUCAGAAACCGAAUUUCAUGAGUGCAGAAAAGGGGAUAGAGAUGGUGAAAAACGAGUUUUUCGCCUUCCACAUUGAGACAACAUCUGGUUACAAGGUGGUAAUGGACACGUUUCAAGAACACGAAAAAUGUGGAUUAAGCGAAAUCGAUUAUUUGAAUGUUGUGUAUCCAAGUAUUACGAUGAGGAAACAUUCACCAUAUAAGGAAAUUGUCAAAGUUAGUUUUAGAAAAAUUUAUGAAAGUGGUAUACGUCAUCGUCAAAUGAAUCGAAUUUAUUAUAAAAAACCGAAUUGUGUUAGCAAGGGAGGGAGUUUUAAAAGCGUCGGAAUCGUCGAUAUCUAUUUUUCUUUUGAAAUUUUUGCUACUGGGUGUUUUAUUGCACUAUGGUUCUUAUUGAUUGAAAUAUUACUGAAAAAAAGUGGUAGAAAGGGAUAA